UCGAUAAACGCAAAAAAAAAGAAUGUGUACAUUUUGUGUUGCCGUGUUUUAAUUAGUUAAGUAAAAAGUUCAGUAAAUAAAUACGAGUGCAUUAAGAAAACCAAAUAGCUUGGACUAACGUUCGGCGCCGUUGUUUGGCGUAUCCUACGCUAUUUGAAAUUAUCUAUUUGGUGAUUCAACUACAGACAGCUGCGUCUGUCUAUCUCAUUGGAGAGUGAUAAAAUGGCACGCCCAAUUUUUCCCAAUCAGCAAAAGAUAGCUGAAAAGUUGAUCAUAUUGAAUGACCGAGGCCUAGGAAUACUUACGCGCAUCUACAACAUCAAAAAGGCAUGCGGCGACACCAAAUCGAAGCCGGGCUUCCUCUCCGAAAAGUCCCUGGAGUCCUCCAUCAAAUUCAUUGUGAAGCGCUUUCCCAACAUUGAUGUCAAGGGUCUUAACGCUAUAGUGAACAUCAAGGCGGAGAUAAUAAAGUCGCUAUCGCUGUAUUACCACACGUUUGUCGAUCUUCUAGACUUUAAGGACAAUGUCUGCGAACUGCUGACCACCAUGGACGCUUGCCAAAUCCACUUGGACAUAACACUCAACUUUGAGCUGACUAAAAAUUAUUUGGACCUGGUGGUCACCUAUGUCUCGCUGAUGAUUGUGCUGUCCCGCGUCGAGGAUCGCAAAGCUGUGCUGGGUCUUUACAAUGCCGCCUAUGAGCUGCAAAAUAAUCAGGCAGACACAGGCUUUCCACGCCUCGGGCAGAUGAUACUCGAUUACGAGGUGCCGCUGAAGAAGCUUGGCGAGGAGUUCAUACCCCAUCAGCGGCUGCUGGCCAAUGCCUUGCGCUCGCUCACCUCCAUCUAUGCGCUGCGUAAUCUGCCCGCAGAUAAAUGGCGUGAAAUGCAGAAGCUCAGUCUUGUGGGCAAUCCGGCAAUCCUGCUGAAAGCCGUGCGCACAGAUACAAUGUCGUGUGAGUACAUUUCCCUGGAGGCUAUGGAUCGUUGGAUAAUCUUUGGACUAUUGUUGAAUCAUCAAAUGCUGGGUCAGUACCCGGAAGUGAAUAAGAUCUGGCUGUCAGCGCUAGAGAGCAGCUGGGUUGUGGCGCUUUUCCGUGAUGAGGUACUGCAGAUCCAUCAAUACAUUCAGUCUACAUUUGACGGCAUUAAGGGCUACAGCAAGCGUAUCGGGGAGGUGAAGGAAGCUUACAACACAGCUGUCCAGAAAGCAGCAUUGAUGCAUCGUGAGCGUCGGAAAUUCUUGCGCACUGCGCUCAAGGAAUUGGCACUGAUAAUGACGGAUCAGCCGGGCUUGUUGGGUCCCAAGGCGAUAUUCAUCUUCAUUGGUUUGUGUCUGGCUCGCGACGAGAUUCUUUGGCUGCUACGGCACAACGACAAUCCGCCGCUGUUGAAGCACAAAGGCAAGAGCAACGAGGAUCUUGUUGAUCGGCAGCUGCCUGAGCUACUCUUCCACAUGGAGGAGCUGCGUGCUCUAGUGCGCAAGUACAGUCAGGUUAUGCAGCGUUAUUACGUGCAAUAUUUAUCGGGCUUCGAUGCCACGGAUCUUAACAUACGUAUGCAGAGUCUGCAAAUGUGUCCUGAGGACGAGAGCAUUAUAUUUAGCUCGCUCUACAACACAGCUGCUGGCCUGACCGUCAAGCAGGUGGAGGACAACGAACUGUUCUACUUUAGACCCUUCCGGCUGGACUGGUUCCGCCUGCAGACAUACAUGAGUGUGGGCAAAGCAGCUUUACGCAUCACGGAGCACAUUGAACUAGCUCGUCUGCUCGAUUCGAUGGUGUUCCACACGCGCGUCGUCGACAAUCUGGAUGAGAUACUCGUGGAGACGUCGGAUCUGAGCAUAUUCUGUUUCUAUAGCAAAAUGUUUGACGAUCAGUUUCACAUGUGCCUCGAGUUUCCGGCACAGAAUCGCUUCAUCAUUGCAUUCCCGUUGAUCUGCAGUCAUUUCCAGAACUGCACGCACGAGAUGUGCCCCGAGGAACGGCAUCAUAUACGCGAACGUUCGCUCAGUGUUGUGAACAUCUUUCUGGAGGAGAUGGCCAAGGAGGCAAAGAAUAUCAUUACCACAAUUUGCGAUGAGCAAUGCACAAUGGCCGAUGCUUUGCUGCCCAAGCACUGUGCCAAGAUACUGUCUGUGCAAUCGGCACGCAAAAAGAAGGAUAAAUCUAAGUCGAAGCACUUCGAUGACAUUCGCAAGCCGGGCGACGAAUCUUAUCGCAAAACACGCGAGGAUCUAACCACAAUGGAUAAGCUGCACAUGGCGCUCACGGAGCUCUGUUAUGCCAUCAACUAUUGCCCCACUGUCAAUGUCUGGGAGUUUGCCUUUGCACCGCGCGAAUAUCUCUGCCAGAAUCUGGAGCAUCGCUUCUCGCGUGAUUUGGUUGGCAUGGUGAUGUUCAACCAGGAGACAAUGGAGAUUGCCAAGCCCUCUGAGCUGCUAGCCAGCGUACGCGCCUACAUGAAUGUACUGCAGACCGUGGAAAACUAUGUACACAUCGACAUAACUCGUGUCUUCAACAAUUGUCUGUUACAACAGACACAGGCACUGGAUUCGCACGGUGAGAAGACCAUUGCUGCUCUCUACAACACUUGGUAUAGUGAGGUGUUGCUGCGUCGCGUCUCCGCUGGAAACAUUGUGUUCUCGAUUAACCAGAAGGCGUUUGUACCCAUCUCACCAGAAGGCUGGGUGCCCUUCAAUCCCCAAGAGUUCUCCGAUCUGAACGAACUGCGCGCUUUGGCCGAACUCGUUGGUCCAUAUGGCAUCAAGACUUUGAAUGAGACUCUGAUGUGGCACAUUGCCAACCAGGUGCAGGAACUCAAAUCGCUGGUGGGCACCAACAAAGAGGUGCUGAUCACACUGCGCACCAGCUUCGAUAAGCCCGAAGUGAUGAAGGAGCAGUUCAAGCGGCUGCAGGAUGUGGAUCGUGUGCUGCAACGCAUGACAAUCAUUGGUGUUAUCAUCUGUUUCCGGAAUCUGGUGCACGAGGCGUUGGUCGAUGUGCUGGACAAACGCAUUCCCUUCCUGCUGAGCUCGGUCAAGGACUUUCAGGAGCAUUUGCCAGGCGGCGAUCAGAUACGUGUCGCCUCCGAGAUGGCUUCAGCGGCUGGUCUGCUGUGCAAGGUGGAUCCCACGCUGGCCACCACACUCAAAUCAAAGAAACCCGAAUUUGAUGAGGGUGAACACUUGACUGCUUGUCUACUGAUGGUCUUUGUGGCUGUCUCUAUACCAAAGUUGGCACGCAACGAGCAUUCCUUUUACCGGGCCACCAUUGAUGGCCACUCGAAUAACACACACUGCAUGUCGGCGGCGAUUAACAAUAUCUUCGGCGCGCUAUUCACCAUUUGCGGACAGAACGAUAUGGAGGAUCGCAUGAAGGAAUUCCUGGCUUUGGCCAGCUCAUCGCUGCUGCGUCUGGGGCAGGAGUCGGACAAGGAGGCGACACGCAAUCGCGAGUCCAUCUAUUUGCUGCUGGAUGAGAUUGUCAAACAAUCACCGUUUCUCACCAUGGAUCUCCUAGAGUCCUGCUUCCCCUAUGUGCUAAUUCGCAAUGCCUAUCAUGGUGUCUACAAGCAGGAGCAAAUAUUGGGAUUAGGUCUCUAGAAUCCAUGUGAGGGGCAACUGCAGCAGACGCGUAUUUCUAUUCCGAGUAUUUUCCUAGCUGCUGGUAAUCGAUAAUAGAUCAUUGUGCUUUAUGCCAACGAAUAACGAGUACAUAAUUAUUAUUCUAUUGUUAAACAUACAUAUAUGAUAAUCUUCCUGAUGAUAUAAUACCCCAAAAAACGAAAUCAUGUCUAAACUACACUAGGCACAAGUAUUCUGCAUUUUGAUACAUUAUUACGUAUAAAUAAAGUACACAUGU